GCGAAGGCCGAGCACAGCGCUCCCCGUGGGCGAGGCGGCUCUCCCCGGGACGGGGCGCAGGGGGGGCCGCGGCCCCGCUGGCGCUCAGAGGAAGAAGGGAUUUAGUAAAAUCCCGGUCAGCCAAGAUGGAGAAACACCUAAAAGAGCGGUGGGGAGUCUGAUCGUCUGCCUGGCUGCCCGUGUCCUUGCCUUGCGCUGGAACCUGCAGUGGAAGAUGUUUUUUCCUAUUUUUGUGCAAAGCCGAUCUGUCUGACUACUGAACAGAGCUAUGUGCUGAACUUUGAGAUCCUAACAAAAUGAGAGUACUUGUGUUCUCUGCGACUUGCACUUUACUUCUCACAGUGGUGCGAGGGCACAGUUUAUUCACGUGUGAGCCAAUUACUAUUUCCAGAUGUUCAGGAAUGCCUUACAAUAUGACUUUUUUCCCAAACAUCAUGGGACACUAUGAUCAGGACGCGGCUGCUCUCCAAAUGGAGCCCUUUUUUGCGCUUAUGAAUCUUCACUGUUCACCAGAUAUCCACACAUUUCUGUGCAAAGCCUUUGUCCCUGCCUGCCUGGAGCAAAUUCAUGUGAUUCACCCUUGUCGAAGCCUCUGUGAGAAAGUGUAUUCUGACUGUAAACAGUUGAUAGACACUUUUGGAAUCACAUGGCCUGAAGAGCUGGAAUGUACCAGACUUGUCAACUGUGAUGAAACUGUUCCUGCUACUGCUGCCGUAACCACAAACAUACACGGAACUCAGAAGACUCCAAGCCAGACCCGAAGGGAUUAUGGCUUCUGGUGUCCACGACACCUACACACCGCUGGCGGACAAGGCUACAAGUUCCUAGGAAUUGACCAGUGUGCACCCCCAUGUCCCAACAUGUACUUCAAAAAUUAUGAACUAGAUGUUGCAAAAAGCUUCAUUGGAAUAGUUUCAAUCUUUUGCCUUUGUGCUACGCUUUUCACGUUCCUGACUUUUCUGAUCGAUGUUAAAAGGUUCAGGUACCCAGAGAGGCCAAUCAUAUAUUACUCUGUCUGCUACAGCAUAGUCUCUCUAAUGUACUUCAUUGGGUUUUUACUUGGGAACAGAACAGCCUGUAACGAGGCAGAUGAUAAGCUAGAAAUUGGUGAAACAGUUGUUCUUGGCUCGCAGAACAAAGCCUGUACUCUCCUUUUCAUGGUUUUGUAUUUUUUCACUAUGGCCGGGACCAUAUGGUGGGUGAUUCUUACAAUCACUUGGUUCCUUGCAGCAGGAAAAAAAUGGAGCUGUGAAGCUAUUGCUCAGAAGGCCAUGUGGUUCCAUGCAGUUGCAUGGGGAAUACCUGGCUUUCUAACCAUUAUGCUCCUUGCAUUGAACAAAGUUGAGGGGGACAAUAUCAGUGGAGUUUGUUGUGGUCUCUAUGAUCUGGAUGCCUCUCUGUACUUUGUGCUUUUGCCUUUGUGCCUUUGUGUUUUUUUCGGUCUCUCUCUUCUCUUAGCUGGUAUUAUUUCUUUAAAUCACGUGAGACAAGUCAUACAGCAUGGCAGAAACCAGGAGAAGCUAAAGAAAUUUAUGAUCCGAAUUGGAGUUUUUAGUGGUUUAUACUUGGUACCACUUGUAGCACUUCUUGGAUGUUAUGUCUAUGAGCUGGUGAACCGAAAAAUCUGGGAAACAACUUGGGUGUUUGACCACUGUGACCAGUACCAUAUUCCUUGUCCUUACCAGGCAAAGGCACUAGCAAGACCAGAAAUAUUUUUGUUUCUGAUGAAAUAUUUGCUGACAUUAAUUGUUGGCAUAUCUCCAGUCUUCUGGGUGGGAAGCAAAAAAACUUGUUCUGAAUGGGCCAAUUUCUUCAACAGGAAUCGUAAAAGAGAUCCAAUCAGUGAGAGUCGAAGAGUGCUACAAGAAUCAUGUGAAUUUUUCUAGCACAAUUCCAAAGUUAAACAUAAAAAGAAGCACUACAAAUCAACUUCACACAGACUGAAAGUCAUUUCCAAGUCAAUGGGGACGAGCACGGGUGGCACAACAAAUCAUGGAACUUCUGCAGUAGCAAUCACCAAUCAUGAUUACUUAAGCCACGAAAAUGUUGCAGAAAUUAAAACCUCCCCAGAGACAUCUGAGAAGGAGAUCGAGGCAGAUGGAACAACAGCCCAGAGAGUCGAGGAAGGUGAAAACAGUGGAGAUCAAAUGUUAUCUAGUUCUAAACUGACCGUGGAUCAGGUGGAAAAAAGAAACAAAGCAGAUAGCUGUUGUGAUAUGAGUAGUGUGGCUGAGAGUAUGAAGAGACUAGGUGAAGGAAGAAUAACUCCUAAAAAUGAUUUGAUUGAAUCUCCUCCACUACAAAGCAGCUGUUCCCAAAUACCUGAUAUCUCACAGUCAGGGUCUGUAUCACUACUUGUCUACUCAGCUUCAGACACCAGAAGAGAGUUGGAUUCAGGAAACAGUUCUAACCCUUUGAAAGACUGAAAUUUAUAUGAACAUUUUUCAUUAUAUAAAACCAAUAUGGAUUCUAUGUUACACUGGAAAUAACAUAUAUUCUGUGCCUUAUUAAAAAACACACAUCUUGCUUUGCA